GAGCAAAGCAACGCGCCAGGAAACACGCCUCUGCACUUUGGGUGGAAUUGGGUUAGGUCGCAGAUGAUGGAUUAGGGGCAAACGGCGAGUGCUGCAUCUAACUUAGUUAGGUGUUGUACGAAUUUGCUUUUUCUGGCUUUAACAGGGCAUUACCAAUGGCUCGGCCGAGUCUUAGAACUAAAACACAAUGUUAGAUCGUAUUGAGUACUUGUUACAAAACCCAUUCCAUCCAGUGUUACACAAGACUCUUAGCCUCUGUUCGUCUAGGGUAACCGGGAAUCGCACAUCAACAAGUAUCAUUGACUGUGAUAUUCAGCUCAUCAGUCCUGCUGAUGUCUCUGUUGCAUCUAGUCAAUCUCCUCUAAAUUCCAGGCCAUUGAAUUUUGAAUGGCAUGGUAAAAGCAUAACUAAAACAGGCACUGGGGACCCCGAAAUAGGGUGUGCAACUUCCGUUCCCUCAACUCUAACACGAUGGGAUAGUGGGAAUCCCGGUAUUGGGGAAACUUUCCAGUUGUGUAGUUUAACUAGCUGA